AGCGGUAAGAGGACGGAGUGGACGAGUCGUCCAGGAACCCUCAGAAUCCGUUCCGUUCUAUUGGUUCGCCUGUCAUUCUGGACGAGUCAGCCCUCGGAUAUACGGCUUUUCCUCCAUAGAUCUAACCCUAGCUCAUACUACAGUGUCGCUGAUUUCUCUUUUCUUUUGCAUCGACCAUAAAGCGUGACUGAAUCUGUGAUAUCUUAACGAGAUCCUAGAGAGGGGUAUACUCCUACCUUAACACAUACUGUCUCCCCAAGCUCUUACCUCGGGCGUUCCAUACAAACUCCGAACUACAAUUCAUCAAGAUGCCUCUCACGCGUUCUGCUAUCCUAGCCCUCGCAGAUCCGGACCCAGAAACAGCAGAGGCCCUCAAUUUCUCUCCGCAACUCCCAAACAAUUCAUCCAUCGACUUCUGGCGCACCAUCGAAACUACCCGCCGGCCUACCAUACUCGCAUCCCUCGGUCCCCCACCCACCGGCCUCACCGAGCGCGAUCACCAAGUCCCCACAAGAGACGGCCAUAACAUCACGGUCCGCUCUUACUCCCCUGAUGUAGCCCCAGCAGGCGGCCGGUCGCUCAUAGUAAUGUAUCACGGUGGGGGCUUCUGUCUCGGCGGGCUCGAGACGGAAACUCCUACAUGUCGGGCCUGGGCGCUGCAGCUUGGCGCCGUGGUGCUGAAUGUCGAGUAUAGACGUGCACCGGAGUGGGUGUUUCCGACGCCUGUGAAAGACGCGUGGGACGCGUUUAAGUGGGCCGCAACGAAUGCUUCGGAACUUGGUGCCGAUCCUGCCGCUGGGUUUUUGGUAGCGGGCGUCUCGGCGGGCGGGAACAUGGCAUCCGUUGUUGCGCACCUGGCGAGGAACGAAGGCGUGGUGCCGCGAUUGACGGGGCAGUAUCUGAGCGUGCCAGCGCUGAUACCCGCGGAUAAAGUCCCGGAGGAGUACAAGGAGGAGUACCUGAGCCGCGAGCAGAACCGUGAUAGCCCGUUGCUGCCACGGACGAUGGUGGAGAUGUUUGAAACAAGCCACAAGGCGGAUAGUGACUCGCCUCUCUUUGCUACCUUCAAUGAUCUGAGCGGACAUGCGGACCUGCCUCCUACGUAUUUCCAGGUUUGUGGAGCUGAUCCGUACCGCGAUGAUGCUGUGAUCUAUGAGCGGGUGCUGCGUGAGGACUAUAAGAUCCCUACGAAGGUGGAUAUGUAUAAAGGGUUGCCGCACAUGUUCUGGGCAAUGAUACCGGGCUUGAAGCAGUCGGCGCAGUGGAAAGCCGAUCGAGUUGAUGGAAUGAGAUGGUUGCUUGAGCAGUAA